UCGCCGGGCGCCCCCCUUUCCUCCCCCUUCCGUGAGACCUGGGAGCGGCCGGGCAGAGAGCGGCUCUGGAUUAUCGCUCGGGCCCCUGCUGCCCCGGCAGUGCUGCUGCUCGGGGGGAAGGGAGUCCCUUCCCUCCGUCCUCCUCCUCCUCCUCUUCCUCCUCCUCCUCCUCCGCGCUCUCCCGCUCCUCUCCUGCCUGCACUUUCCCUUUAAGGCUUGGGGGGAAACCAUGACUUCCAGCUAUGCCCAUGUCCUGGAGAGACAGGCCGUGCUGGCCACCCGCUUGGAGAGCCCCGGCCACCUGGACAACUUACAGGCCAAGAAGAACUUCUCGGUGAGUCACCUGCUGGAUCUGGAGGAAGCCGGGGACAUGGUGGCGGCUCAGGCCGACGAGAGCGUGGGGGAGUCGAGCAGGAGCUUGCUGGAGUCGCCGGGGCUGACCAGCGGCAGCGACACGCCGCAGGCGGACAAUGAUCAAUUGAACUCAGAAGAGAAGAAGAAAAGAAAGCAGAGGAGAAACAGGACCACCUUCAAUAGCAGCCAACUUCAGGCAUUAGAGAGAGUCUUUGAGAGGACACAUUACCCUGAUGCCUUUGUACGAGAAGACCUUGCACGCAGAGUCAACCUCACUGAAGCCAGAGUUCAGGUGUGGUUUCAGAACCGAAGAGCAAAGUUCCGCAGGAACGAGAGAGCCUUGCUGGCCAACAAGAAUGCUUCCCUUCUCAAAACCUACUCGGGGGACUUGACUGCUGUGGAGCAGCCCAUCGUACCGCGUCCAUCUCCAAGACCCACCGACUAUCUCUCCUGGGGGACAGCCUCACCUUACAGCCAGUCGAACGUGAGGAUCUUGGAUUGGCCUCCUCAAUCACCUAUGGACUCACCGAUGACUUUCCCAUUUACUGGAAGACUGUCAUCCUUGUAUCGAGGGACUGCCAACGACAAUGCAGCCAAUUGACUAACCCUAUUAUAGUGAACACCCUCUCUUAAUGAACUUUUUUUUCCCAAUCCCAAGGGGGUUCAUUAUAAUGACUUUGUACUGUAUAUAUUUUUAGUCACUCAGCAGUGCUGAUGAGUCUGCCCUGAGCAAUGUGUGGACAUUGCUACACUUCUUCUAGCCAGGGGUUUAGUGUGUAUGGAGCAGUGCACACUUCAUAUAGUCUUAGAUAGAUGAAUUGCUGUGUGCUAAAAUAUGGCUACUUCACUCCCUCUCAGAAAGGCUGUCUUCAGUAAAACAAAGCAUUAUACACCUGGGCACAUAUCAGGCCAAUACCUGUUCACUUAGCUACCACUUUCAAGCUCAAAUACAGCUUUCAUUUGAAUUUUAAAACGUUCUGAUUGAUUUUUUUUUUCUUUUUCUCCCUUUUCUCUCUC